GAGGCGGGACAUCCGCCCGGUCCGAGGCACUUCCGGAAGUGACGUAAGAGUGUCAACAUGCAAGAUGGCGGCCCAUCACCGGCAGAACACGGCAGGGCGCAGGAAAGUGCAGGUGUCCUAUGUUAUUCGAGAUGAAGUCGAGAAGUACAAUCGAAAUGGAGUCAAUGCCCUGCAGCUGGACCCAGCACUAAACAGGCUUUUCACGGCCGGACGAGACUCCAUCAUAAGAAUAUGGAGCGUCAAUCAGCACAAGCAAGACCCCUAUAUAGCAUCUAUGGAGCACCAUACGGACUGGGUAAAUGACAUCGUGCUUUGCUGUAACGGGAAAACAUUAAUCUCCGCUUCCUCUGACACGACAGUGAAGGUGUGGAACGCGCAUAAGGGAUUUUGCAUGUCAACACUAAGGACACACAAGGACUACGUAAAGGCCUUAGCGUACGCCAAGGACAAAGAGCUGGUGGCGUCCGCGGGGCUGGACAGGCAGAUAUUCCUUUGGGACGUGAACACGCUAACGGCACUGACUGCCUCAAACAACACUGUCACAACUUCUUCUUUAAGUGGGAACAAAGAUUCCAUUUAUAGCCUGGCAAUGAAUCAACUGGGAACAAUCAUUGUAUCGGGGUCCACUGAGAAGGUUUUAAGGGUGUGGGACCCAAGAACAUGUGCAAAGCUCAUGAAGCUGAAAGGGCACACGGACAAUGUGAAAGCGCUGCUGCUGAACAGGGACGGCACCCAGUGCCUUUCCGGCAGUUCCGAUGGGACAAUUCGCCUCUGGUCCCUUGGCCAACAGAGAUGCAUAGCAACGUACCGGGUCCACGAUGAAGGUGUUUGGGCUCUGCAGGUCAACGACGCCUUCACACACGUGUAUUCUGGUGGGAGGGACAGGAAGAUUUACUGCACAGACCUAAGGAGCCCUGACAUCCGGGUACUCAUCUGUGAAGAAAAAGCACCGGUUCUCAAGAUGGAGCUCGACAGGUCCGCCGACCCCCCUCCCGCCAUCUGGGUUGCCACGACUAAGUCUACCGUAAAUAAAUGGACCUUGAAGGGAAUUCAUAAUUUUAGAGCCUCCGGAGAUUAUGACAAUGACUGUACAAAUCCUAUAUCAGCACUUUGUACACAGCCUGACCAGGUUAUUAAAGGGGGCGCUAGUAUUAUUCAGUGUCACAUUCUUAAUGAUAAGAGACAUAUAUUAACCAAAGAUACCAAUAAUAAUGUGGCAUAUUGGGAUGUAUUGAAGGCAUGUAAAGUUGAAGACUUGGGCAAAGUGGAUUUUGAAGAUGAAAUUAAGAAAAGAUUUAAGAUGGUAUACGUGCCAAAUUGGUUCUCAGUAGACUUAAAAACGGGGAUGCUGACUAUUACCUUGGAUGAGAGUGACUGCUUUGCUGCUUGGGUUUCCGCAAAAGAUGCCGGCUUCAGCAGCCCCGACGGGUCAGACCCAAAACUGAACUUAGGAGGACUUUUACUGCAGGCGCUCCUAGAAUAUUGGCCUAGAACACAUGUGAAUCCAAUGGAUGAAGAGGAAAAUGAAGUCAACCAUGUAAACGGGGAGCAGGAGAACCGAGUACAGAAGGGAAACGGGUACUUUCAAGUCCCCCCCCACACCCCGGUCAUCUUCGGUGAAGCCGGAGGGCGCACACUGUUCAGGCUGCUGUGCCGAGACUCCGGGGGUGAGACUGAGUCGAUGCUUCUUAACGAGACGGUGCCCCAGUGGGUCAUUGACAUCACCGUGGACAAAAAUAUGCCCAAAUUCAACAAAAUUCCUUUCUACCUCCAACCUCACGCAUCUUCGGGAGCAAAAACCUUAAAAAAAGACAGACUCUCUGCUAGCGACAUGCUCCAGGUCCGGAAAGUAAUGGAACACGUUUAUGAGAAAAUCAUCAACUUGGAUAAUGAGUCGCAAACCACUAGCUCUUCUAAUAACGAGAAGCCAGGAGAACCGGAGAAGGAGGAGGAGAUUGCCGUGCUGGCCGAGGAGAAGAUCGAACUCCUGUGCCAGGACCAGGUUUUGGAUCCAAACAUGGACCUCCGGACGGUGAAGCACUUCAUCUGGAAGAGCGGCGGCGACCUCACCCUCCAUUACCGCCAGAAGUCCACGUGAGGGCGGGCGAGUGCUCCUGGCUGUUCGAGAACCGACCCUCCUCCGUGGCCCCGAGAGUAGUCCCAGGAAGCCCACCGAGCCCCAGCGGGAGCAGACUUGUGCCGGCCGACGGUAGGGACCGAGACUCCUUCAGUUGAAGCGACUAAUCGAGAUGUAAUAUAGAACCCCGUUUCCAUGUGUAGAUUAAGCCGUCCCCGGGGAGGCAGAGCGAGCACAGAGCCCCCCCCACCCCCCGCGGACUGUGUCUUGUGAGAUGCACAGAGGCGGGUGCAGGCCCCCCCAGACUCGCCCCUCGUGCUCCGAAGGACCCGGUCUUUGUUAGCACUUGUUAGAGACGCGUCCGUCGCUGUGCUUCGACUCCACACCUGCACGCUCUGUGGCUUCUCCGAGUACAUUCCAUCCGUGCGGCUCCUGGGAAGGCUUUUCCCAGGUUGGUCAUUAAACACACACAACAAAUGUUCUCACAUUUCAGACAGUUAUUUUUCCCAGGGACCGGCUGCUGUACAGUUCAAGAGCCAGCCCGUUUCAAAAUAAAUUCUCCUUCCUGGGCUUGUUCCACUGCUGCAUCUCAGAUGCGUUCUUUUAGGAAGACUAGAAAUUCCGGGCGCCGGACCGCAGCCCCGGACUGCCAGCCUGGAGGGCGCCCAGGGGCGCCGCGGGCCACGGUGGGGUGCAGCUCGCCCCCCCCCCCCGCGCCCAGUUUUGUUUAUGGGCAGAAGCCAGGGGAUGCCACAGGCUCCGCCCUGGGUGACCGGCGUGACGUCAUCAAACCAUGAGGCCCUGGUGAGAUUUAGCUUCGGUUCAGCGCUGCCUGGAGCGCCCGCGGUCAGGUCCCGGCGAGCUGCGGCGGGACUGCCGCCCGGAGCACACGCGCCCGCUCCCGCAGGGUUGUGUGCAGGGCGGCGGCGUGGCGCCCGUGUCCGGACUUCCCGCACUGCUUGCUGACCAUCUAAGGCUUUCGUAGAGCCCUUGCCGUCUUGUGCAGAAUGUCACUUACCGGGGACCAGCACCUCAACUUUUGGCAGAAGAACCGCUUCAGAUCCUCCCUGGGGUCGUGUGUAUUCAGAGCAGAACAAAGGUCCACCCCCCAAAACUACAGAAGACGCGCCUCCCGUAUGAAGCCAGAAGCACAAGUGCCUUCGGAGGGCAGUUUAUUCGGGUCCGGUCGCUCCACCCCCCCCACCCCCCCACCCCCGGUGUGUGCUCAGGCCCCGGGCAGCAGGGCCGGGAGGGCGGGGACCAGGCUGGGCUGGGGCCGCCGGGGGGCCGGGGCCAGACCCCCUAGCAGAUCCCCUGCUCUGCGCGUGUAGACCGGGCUCCCUCACGGCUGGCUGCUUGGCCUGCAACGUGGGCGGCUCGCUGCCUCCAGCACUUGGGAGAGAGACGUGCCACGUUCCCAGGGGGUCCCCCUCCGUCACCAGAGAGCCACCGGCUGUUUUAAACUCCUUUCUAUCUGUUGGACACAACAGUGCACUUUUGGUGCACAUUUUUUAGCAAUAGUUGUGAAUUAAUGACAAACACACGACGACAGACCCCACAGCUCACUUCGCAGCCCCCAGCUGUGUGCGCGGGAAGGGCCCUCGGCCACAGAACGGGGUCUCCUGGGCCUUUUUGCCCCGGGAGUUGCGGCUUGGGGGCAGCCACACUCCCUUCCUGUCACCCAUCUGACCCUCGGCAUGCUUCUACUUUUCUUUCCAGCCAAACCAGUAAUAGUUUCCAGAGAAUCUGACUGCCUGCAGUGCCCAAAGGGUAAAACUCUGUAUUUCAUGGUUGUAUAGAAUAAAGGUUUUUGUUAAAAUGUUUCAA